UCCGUUAUAAACAAGGUGGUGGCUUCUCUUUCCUUUCUUCUCAUCUCCCCUCUAAAUCUCAGAGUGGUUUGUCCCGCAAACCGUUGAGGCGGGUCCACGGAGUAAAGCGGGGAGGGGGGGAGAGAGAAAGGAGAGCACCGCUUAGUGGAAAAGGAAGAGGCGUGGUCACCCCUGCGAGUGGGCAGAUGGUGCGGUUCGUAGGCGCGGCUGGCGAGACCAAGUGAAGAAUUUGGGGAGGCGGGGAGAGAAGAAGAGAUUGUUGUGAGGGGAAACAAAACGUCAGAGGGGAGGGGGGCGGGGGCGAAGAAGCGCCAAGAUGGCGUCGGCUGGGCCCGAGUCUGGGGGGAGCAGCAGCAGCAGCGGCGGCGCCCCCUCAGGGGCACCAGGAAUGACGACAUUAAAAAAAUCACUCGAGAUGCCGGGUUCUUCUUCUGGAUACUCGUCCCAGACAAUAAGGAAAGGGCACCGGGGAGUUGACUCGACCGGCGAAACCACAUAUAAAAAGACGACGUCCUCAGCCCUCAAAGGUGCCAUCCAGCUUGGGAUCACCCACACAGUGGGAAGCCUGAGCACCAAACCUGAGCGAGAUGUGCUCAUGCAAGACUUCUACGUAGUUGAAAGCAUCUUCUUCCCUGGUGAAGGCAGCAACCUAACUCCAGCCCAUCACUACAAUGACUUCCGCUUCAAGACCUACGCCCCUGUCGCUUUCCGCUAUUUCCGCGAGCUUUUUGGGAUCCGGCCAGAUGACUACUUGUGCUCCCUUUGCAGCGAACCCCUCAUCGAGCUCUCCAACUCCGGGGCCAGCGGCUCCAUUUUCUACGUUUCCAGCGAUGACGAGUUCAUCAUCAAAACAGUUCAGCACAAAGAAGCCGAGUUCUUGCAGAAGCUGCUGCCUGGUUACUACAUGAACCUGAACCAGAACCCCCGCACCCUGCUGCCCAAGUUCUACGGGCUCUACUGCGUCCAGGCCGGCGGCAAGAACAUCCGGAUCGUGGUGAUGAACAACCUGUUGCCCCGCUCCGUGCGCAUGCACCAGAAGUAUGACCUGAAAGGCUCCACCUACAAGCGCCGGGCAUCCCAGAAGGAGCGCGAGAAGGUCUUCCCCACCUUUAAGGACCUGGAUUUCAUGCAGGAGGUCUCGGACGGCCUUUUCCUGGAUGCCGACAUGUACAGUGCCCUGUGCAAGACACUGCAGAGGGACUGCUUGGUUUUGCAGAGUUUCAAAAUCAUGGACUACAGUUUGCUGGUGGCCGUUCACAACAUUGAUCUGGCGCAAAGGGAGCGGGCUGUGGCGGACGGGACGUCCCAUGCAGACACGCGGCGGCCCAAUGCCCAGAAGGCCCUCUACUCCACGGCCAUGGAGUCCAUCCAAGGGGAGGCCCGGCGAGGGGGCACCAUAGAGACCGACGACCAGAUGGGAGGGAUCCCGGCACGCAAUGCCAAGGGUGAGAGGCUCCUUCUCUACGUUGGGAUCAUAGACGUGUUGCAGUCUUACAGGUUCAUGAAGAAGCUAGAGCAUUCAUGGAAAGCACUGGUUCAUGACGGGGAUACGGUUUCAGUUCACCGACCCAGUUUCUAUGCAGAGAGGUUCCAGAAGUUCAUGUGUAACGUGGUAUUCAAGAAAAUCCCUCUAAAACCUUCCCCUUCGAAAAAGAGCCGGUCUGGCGCAGCACCGCCCCGGCGGCCGGGCCAGGGUGGGGCCCCCUCCCAGAUGCAAGCGCUGUGCGAAAUGAAAGUGCAGGUCACGAUGGAGGCCGAGGCCGAGCAAGGUUCCCAACUGGGCCGCCCUGACCUUCUCCCCCGGACUCCCCCCGUAGAGGAAGUGAACAGCGAUUCAGCAGCAACGACCUUGUCCACCUCCUCUCUCGGGAGCCGAGGACACAACUCGCCAGCCAACAGGUCUGAAGUGCACAAAUUGGGUACCUCAAAGGCUCCGACUCAAGUCCUUCCGGAAAACUGCUCCCCUAGGUCGCAGGGAGAUCUCUCGGCAGAAACUAGGACCGUGCUCAGCUUCUGCUCCCUUAGGUCAGAGAGAGGCGAGGUUCUCAGUUCAGACAACUCGGAUGAGGAGAUAGCUAGGCCGGCAUGUUUCCAAUGCUUCCCCAGGAGCCCAGGUGGCCGAACAGCCAGCAUCCGAGCUGACCGAGCAGUUUGAGGACUUGCCGGAGACGGAGAUCAGCUUCUGAGAAAUUGCAGGGACGAGGCUGCAUUUACUUUGAUGCGAACAGAAGACUUCUCCAUGCUCUGUAGAAGACCUGCGGAGUCUGCCAAACCUUCGGCCCGCCUGGGCAGCCGAUCACCUAGGACACUUUUUUGGAUUGGAACGGACACCCCUUCGAGAGCGUCAGAAGACUGGGCAGCGCCGUGUUGCCAGUUCCAGUCCCGCUCCCAAAGCCCCCAGGCCCUCAAAAGGCCCCAGACUUCUCCCGGCGCAGGCAAAUAGGACCCUCUCAGCAGGCAGGGGUCGGUGGGCUAAGCCUGGAGAGAGGACAGGAGGCCCUUCUGGCUGGCCCCCACCCCUAAUUGGACUGAGGGGGCGGAACGGGUCCCAAAGCCGCUUCCCAGUCCCUCCAGAGGGAGAGGGCUGCUGUGUGCGUUGGUGAGCCUGCUUAGAAGAGUCUGCGGAAGAUCCGUGUGGUCUUUUUAUUUUUUAUUCUCUCAAACGUAUUUAAACUCUCUUUCUUUUCCUGAAUUGUCAUAUCCGGUUUUUAGGUUUUGCUUUUUUAGCACAUGAUUUUAGACCAAGAAAGUACUUUUGUUGUUGUUGUUGUUGAAGUCAGCGCACCAAAACAGCCUCUCUCUGAGGGAGAGACACUUUUUCUCCUUCUGGGCCACAUAUCGAGUGCGUUUCGCACAUUUUAAAAUCUUCAAUGUGUUACGGCAGGCAAACAGCCCCUAUGUCUGAGGGAUGCCUAUCACCUUGAGGAAGAGGAAGUGAUGCAAGCAAGUCUCUCCCUUGGCCCGCCCUUGCCACACGGUGCUGUGUGGGGGUUGCGAGAGAGGGUGGGAAAGGAGGGAUGUUUCAGUGCUUUGGUUUUACAACUACACCGUAUGUCUGUGUGUCUCCAGAAGCAAGAACAGCCCAGAAUGGUUUUGAAGCCUUCAGUAUUCUUAUCUGUGGACCAAACUUUUGCUCUCACCCUCUUAGAGAGGAGUUCCUUUCCCCCUCAUUCUCAGUAUUAAGCCCUUCUAAGGGCUCAGACUUGUAAAACCUCUUUUUAAAAAAAACACACGACAGAGUCCCCAAAUUCCCGGGCUUUUUGAUAACUACGCAUCGAGCCUGAUUCUGAGGAUUUUCAGCCCAGUUUCCUUUUUGCUCAGAAAAUGACCAACCCUCUUUCUCUCCCCACACACAAACAUAGCAACGGGUCUUCUCCUUCCACUAGUUGCCAUGUGUGUUGAUCUUUCCAAGCUUGUUGGAAAUGGGAGCAGGCAGGGGAGAGAAAAGCUAUGUGACACUGAACAUUGCUGUAUUUUUUCCUAACUCAGGCUGUGGGAAUUCCUUCCGCAUCGCCAAUCACUUGGGGUAUGCAUUGUGCCGAUUAUUUUUUUAAAACAAAAUUUAGUCUAAGUUUUUAAAAAAGAAAACAUGAAAUCUUAUUGCCCUUGCCUUCAAAAGAGAAUGUGUAUUUCUCUCUAGCUCCCCUAACCUUUUUAUAGUGAUAAAUGGGAAGAAUUUCUCUCCCCCUCCAUAAGAGUUUUAUAUAUUUUUCUGUCAACCAUCGCAAUAAAGAAAGCUUAGAAGCUAUAGAGGGGGUAGAUUUCUCCUAGUUAAUUUUCAGUGUACAGCUAAAGAAUCUUUCCCCCUCUCCCCCUGCGUCAUGAUCUCAACUUGAAACCAAACACGUUUUUUAAAUCCAGUGCAAGUCCAAUUUCUGCUCUUAACCUUGGUUAAGGAAUUGGGGGUGUUCCACUUCUCUCUGCCCUUUUCCUGUGCCUGACAUGGCAUAACUUUAUGACUACAGCCAUGGCUAGCUUUGAAGCCAGGGUUUGAAAAGGCAAUCCCAACCAUGGUUGUUUGGAAUCCCAACCAGGUUCUCAGCCCAAGCAGAACAUUGUACCUUGCUGGGAGAUUGAGGAAGGGAAUAGCUGCACACCCUCCAGUCUUUUAAACACCGCCAGGAGAAGUUAGCUCUGGACCGAGCAUUUAUGGUUAAUAUAUCUUAAUGAGCUUCUUUUAAAGUGUGUUGAAGAAAACACAUGUUGCAUUACCAUCAAAACGUGUUGUCUCCCAUGGUCUGUUAAGAGCUGGUAACCUAGAGCAGUGGGAAAAUAUCUGUAUGGAACUAAACUCUUAAGCAACGCAGCAAGACCCUCCCCACCUCCUUUCUUCUGGUCACCCCCCUCCCCAAUUUGUUCAGAGUUGUAUUUUAAGUAACUGUCUAUAUUAGACACACUUGAUCUCCCCCCCCCCCGGAAACCUUCCCACAAUUCUCUAUUUUUGUCCUACGAGGAAAGGACUUGAAGAUCCUCGAGAGGUGUGUGUGAUUUUCUCUCUCCCUGUAAUGUAACUAUUUAUGAAGCUGUAUUUAAGUGUACAUUCCCCUUCCGAAUUGAGAGUGGGGAGGGAAUUGAUUUCUUCUAUAGCGCCUCAUUAUAGACUCUGCUUUUGAAUGGUUUGGAGGAAGCAGCAAGCAGGUGAUGUGAUAGGGAGCGGGAGCGGGGAAUACAACCUCUCGGGACCGUUGGAAAGUUUAGGUCACUCCCCAAACUCUGGAGCUGGGCAAGGCUUCUGGUUGCUGUGACUGAUUCUCCGAUGCCCCUUCUUCCCAGCAGGGAUGCCAAAGAGGGGCCGGGCCCCCGAUCUCUCCCUGUUGCCUCCGUCAGGACACAUGGCUCCUUUUGGGCGCAGAGGGAUCGGGGAUCUGGAGCUGUCCUAGCCAUCCCACUGUGCUGUGUUGUGGGUUUUUGUCACUUGAACCUUGUAACUUUCAUGUUUUGGUUUACACAUCUUACCACUUGUUGAAAAGGAUGUUGGGAAAAAAAUAUUUGGGUGGGGGGAGCACUUUGGCCACUGCAGUAGUCGGGAUGUAACAUGCAGUAUGCUACUCCAUUCAAUAAAGCUCUCUGUUUUCUUUUUCUGUAA